AUGAUUAGGAAUAUACCGUUCCAAGCGAAUCGAAAAGAAGUGAAGCAAUUGUUCGCUACAUUUGGUGAACUGAGGGCAUUUCGAAUACCGAAAAAAAUUGGUUCAACCUCGUCGACGGAAAGUCAUCGUGGCUUCGGAUUCGCAGAUUUCAUCAACAAAGCGGAUGCGGCCAGAGCAUUCGAUGCGCUUGUUCAUUCGACACAUUUGUACGGUCGUCGAUUGGUAUUGGAAUGGGCGAAGCAGGACGAGUCGAUUGAGGAACUUCGCGAUAAGGCGCUAUCGAAUAUCAGGUUCAUUGAUAUCUUAUUCCUUCAUAUCCCUAGCGAUUUAUGGCGCUGA